CUCCCUGGCUCUGCAAGUCUCCAGCCUGAACCAUACUAUUCAGGAAUUACAACAGGAGGUCCAAAAAUUUAAAGAGACAACACGCCCAGCCCCGGAACCUGUAUAUUAUGAGCCAUUUGUUCUUAUGCCAGAAAUAUUCGAUGGGAACCGUGCAUCCUUCCUGUGCUUUCAAACCGAUUGUGAGCUGUUGUUCACCCUCAGACCUAGGACCUAUGCCACGGAUUAUAUUAAGGUUCGAGCCUCCAUCAAUUUGCUAACAGGGCAGAUCAAAUCGUGGGCUCAUCUGCUGUUGCAGGAAAAGAGUCCAGUCUUGGACAGCUGGGAGACGUUCAUGUCUGCGCUGGACUCAUAUAUUUCUGUUUCCAAGAAGACCAGCGCUCCCAGGUCUGCUCUUAGUUCACGGGGCCUACGGGUACCCAGGGUUAGGAAGCCCCAGUGCGGUUAUGACACCCAGCCAGCCCAGUGUGUGCCAGAUUAUGAAACCCUGUAUGUGCCCAGCCAGGAAGCUUCCCCAUCACAAGGUCUUGAUAUCUCUGUGGAUGCUCACACGCCUACCUUGGAGGAGGAAGAACCUAUGCAGAUCAGGUUGGUUUCCAGUACCCAUGCCAGGGUUCUCACUUACCUGAACCAGAUCGUGUUUGGAUGCUUGGAGGAUCGUAUUGGAGUAAUCGUGGCCGAUGAACAUCUGGUCUUCCUGCCCUUUCCUGGGUUGACGAAAUCUGACUACCUAGGAGAAUUGGACUUUUUGACUGUAGACGAGGGUGAAAUGGAGAUAUCUCAAUGGCUGCGCAGCUCCAAAUCACAGGGACUUCUGGACACAAUAGUCACAUACAUUCUCUCGUUGCCCUGCCUGUGCUGGUCAUUACUGGUUUGCUCUUACUACCUGCACUUUUCUCACACAUUGGACUCUACUGUACAGAAAACUUCCUAUUAUGGCCUUUGGCUCAAAGUAGUAAGAAUGACUGCUCUGAAUUAUUCACCACUGUCUGUAAGACAUUCCAAUGUGGCCAAAUGA